UACUGGGUUCUUGAACCCAGCGAACCUAGGAACCCAGCAGCCGAUGGGUUCUUCCAAGCUAGGUUCAAGAGCCCAGUGGCUGGUGGGUUCACGAACCCAGCAGAUUCGGUUCGAGAACCCAAUGGAGAAAAUGGCACUGUUUUGGACCAAGGCUUGGUGGGCGAGGGAGCAGUCGGCGACGAAGAUAGUAGGGCGAGAACCAAUCUUGAGGGAAGGGGCCGACAAUGGGGAUGGCGAAGGGGCCUGGAGGGAGAGAGUGGACGGGGGAUUUGGUCAGGAAAAGGAGGUUGAGGAAGGCUCUAAGGAGAAGAGCAACGGAGACAAUGAUGAGGAUGAUGCUGGCAGAUUGUGAUUGGACUCUCUUGCACAAAAUUGUGUUUUUGAUUCUUGAUUUUUGUUCAAAUAAGUCAAUGCUAGGAAA